AUGACUUCUCAUCCGGAAUUCGACGAGCAGACAACAGGCACCGAGGUCGCAAGUGUUUUUGCUGAUCAGAUUCGAGGAAGGACGAUUCUCGUCACGGGUGUCAGCCCCAAAGGAAUCGGGGCUGCCACAGCCUUUGCCUGUGCAUCGCAAGCGCCAGACCUCCUGAUCCUCGCAUCACGCACCAAAUCCAAGCUCGAAGCUGUUGGGGACCAAAUCCGCAAGAAGUUUCCCGACACGAGAGUGGAACUGGUUACCAUGGAUCUCAGUUCGCAACAAUCCAUCCGUCAAGCAGUGACAGAAAUUACCAGCCUGACCUCCAAACUCGACAUCUUGGUCAACAAUGCCGCUAUCAACGCCACCACUCGCCAGACCACACCCGAAGGUCUCGAGAUGACUUUCGGUACCAACCACAUUGGCACAUUCCUCUUCACCAACCUGCUCCUGCCGCUGCUGCGAAACGCGGCCAAGGCUAACGACCCAUCAUCACCGAGUGCAACACGCAUCGUCAGUCUUGCCAGUGCCGGGCAUAGGUUAUCUCCCAUCCGAUUCAGCGAUUACAACUUCGAGCCGAAACAGGUUCCGCCCGAGGAGGAUUAUCUCAAGCCUUUGCCUGGUUCCUUUGCCAGGUGUACCGCGGAUGGAUAUAAUGGCAUGGUCACGUAUGGGCAGUCGAAGACGGCUAAUAUCCUGUUUACGAUGUACUUGCAGAGACAUUUGGCUGGGCAGGGAAUUGGGGCUUAUACGCUUCAUCCUGGAACUAUUGACACGGAACUGGGCAGAGACCAAGACGCCGAGAUUAAAGAACAGUUCAACAAGAUGGGAUUGUUUUGGAAGUCCCAAGACCAGGGCUGCUCGACGACUCUAGUCGCGGCGCUGGAUCCGGCAUUGAGUGAAACCAAAGGAUUAUAUCUGGAUAACUGUCAGAUCUCGGACCCAUGCGAGCAUGCCAAAGACGAAAUGGCCGCGGAAAGACUGUGGAAGCUCAGUGAGGAGAUUGUUGGGGAGAAGUUCAGUCUUGAUGCCUAG